AUGCACAGCGACGCUGCUAGAGUAGCUGAAAUUGAAGUCACAGGCCUUGAGUUUCAACUUUUGGAUUCUUUUUCCCCUUCAAUUUCCCUCGAGAAUGCCAUCUUGGAUAACGACAUCGUUCGGGGGCUUUCUACCGUACCAGUGCAACGCGGGAAGGAAAAAUACUGUAACAGGUUUGCUUUGAAAGCAAGAAAAUCAAUGGUGGCGGCACCGUCACUGCAGUCUCCGGGGAACCUGAGACAAAGAAGGUCGCUGUACGUGGGUGAUUUGGACCCUGAAGUCACAGAAAUGGACCUGAAAACUGCGUUUUGCUCCGUGUGUCCCUUUUUCAACCUUCGGCUCUGCCGUUGCGCUUUCACCGGCAAGUCUCUUUGUUAUGGCUAUGUCAACUUCUACUCUCACAACCAAGCAUCUGAAGCUCUCCAUAAACUAAAUCAUACGUACUUGAAGGGAAAACCCAUGAGGUUAAUGUGGUCGCAGAGGGACCCUUUUGCAAGAAAGAGUGGCAUUGGCAAUCUUUUUGUGAAAAAUCUAGACUCUUCAAUUGAUAGUGCUCGCUUGGAGAGUAUGUUCUGCAAGUUUGGGACUAUACUUUCUUGCAAGGUGGUUGAAGAAAAUGGCAGAAGUAAAGGUUUUGGGUUUGUCCAGUUUGAUUUAGAGGAUUCUGCCUUGGCUGCACGAACCGCUCUCCAUGAUACCAUGCUUGAAGGAAAAACACUGUAUGUAUCCAAAUUCGUCAAGAAAAGUGAGAGGAUAGCAGCCACACUUCAUGAAGAAUCAAAAUUUACAAAUCUCUAUGUAAAAAAUCUGGCUGAUGAUGUGACAGAGGAUACCCUUCAAAACAUGUUUUCUGUAUUUGGGAAGGUUUUUAGUGUUGUCAUCAUGAAGGAUAAUGAUGGGAUAUCAAGAGGUUUUGGAUUUGUCAACUUUGAUUCACCAGAAGGUGCUAAGAAAGCUCUCGAUGCUUUGAAUGGUUCUCUACUAGGUUCCAGGACUUUGUUUGUGGGAAGAGCCCAAAAGAAAGCUGAGAGAAUAAAGAUAUUACAACAUGAAUAUAAGGAUAUUUUCAACAACCAUAUUGAAAAGUUGAAAUUAUCAAAUGUGUAUGUGAAGAAUCUUGAUGUACACAUUGAUGAUAACAAAUUACGAGAAAUAUUCAGUACCUGUGGAAAGAUAAUUUCAACAAAAGUGAUGCGGCAUGAUAAUGGGGUAAGUAGAAGCUUUGGAUUUGUGUGUUUUUCAAGUCCUGAAGAAGCAAAGAAAGCUCUGAACACUAUGAAUGGAAUCAUGCUUGAGGGGAAAUCUCUCUAUGUGGCAAUAGCUCACUGUAAAAAAUAUCGCCACGCGGAACUGGAGAAGUAUUUUGCUGCAUGCCGAUCUCUGUCAUUAUAUCCUUCUAACUGCAAUGUCAUUGCACCUUCAAUUGGUCCAGUUUAUUACAAUUUGUCUACUUUCCAUCCACCAAUCCCUUUCCUGCAGAAUCCAAUCUCAUUCCAAAAUUUUGGUGCAAAUAUGGGAGUCCAGUAUCCUUUGGGAGCUGAGAAUUACCAGCAACAGUUUUGCUCAUAUAUUUCUUUGGGACAAAUGCACCAAAGCACUCAGAACCCCUCAGUAGAGUCCUGCCAACAGCAUAAACGUGCUAUCUCACAUUUUCGUGAUCGAGAUCUGAAUUAUGGGCAUGUUGGGAUUCAAAAUUUUGGCCAUAGCAAAAGGCAGAACAAGAAAGGUGGAGGUGCAGGAAGUACCUGCAGAGGAUCAAAAGCUACCAGGUGUUUUGCUGCAGCAAAAUCUCCUGAAAACUCCAAGAAAGACGUUGGGAAUUGUCUCCACCCCUUUGUUGAGAAUCUUCAGCCUGAGUGUGCAGGGAAUAUGCCUGGAAUGCUGUUGGAGGCCAAUGCAUUACAAGUUGACAGGGCAGCUCAAGUGCUGAAGGAGGCCAAUGCUUUGAAUAGUGCAGAUAUUGGUGCAAUUUUGCCCAAGUCUGCUCGCUGCUUGAGCUACUAGAAUCGGCUAGAAUAGGUGACGGUGGCAUUUCCAGUUUCUAACAUUCUCAAAACUACUUCGCAGUGCCUGUUAAAAGUUGUUGCAAUAUUGGUUUAUAAUGAGCUUAUUUGCCAAUUGGUGCAAUAAUUCCAUUUUUUUGGUUGAAGAAACGUUCUGUAGUUGCUCUGUAAAUCUUUACUAGGACAGAUCAGCAUCAGUUUUGUCAUUAGAACAUGGAGAUUUUAUGUUUCUAUGACAAUGCCUCCCCCCAUGACUUUUAUGUUUC